CCAUUUGGACUUUAUUAAGACACGCAGUGUUUCCGUCUCCCACCGACUUAAUGUGCAGAUAUUUCAGUCUUGAUGAUGGUCUCUCCUCUAUAAUGGUAGCUUCCGGCCCGUCUCUCCAGCCUUCCUUUUCCUAUUGAAGUAGCAGCCAUGAGCAUGCUCAGGCUCCAGAAGAGGCUUGCCUCCAGCGUCCUGCGCUGUGGCAAGAAGAAGGUCUGGCUGGACCCAAACGAGACCAAUGAGAUCGCCAAUGCCAACUCCCGCCAGCAGAUCCGCAAGCUGGUCAAGGAUGGUCUCAUCAUUCGCAAGCCCGUCACGGUGCAUUCCCGUGCCCGCUGCCGCAAGAACACGCUAGCACGCCGUAAGGGAAGGCACAUGGGAGUUGGUAAGAGAAAGGGUACAGCCAACGCCCGUAUGCCAGAGAAGCUGUCUUGGAUGCGUCGCAUGAGGAUCCUGCGUCGUCUGCUGCGUCGCUACAGGGAGUCCAAAAAGAUUGACAGGCACAUGUACCACAGUCUGUACCUGAGGGCCAAGGGUAACGUGUUCAAGAACAAGCGUAUCCUUAUGGAGCACAUUCACAAGCUGAAGGCAGACAAGGCUCGCAAGAAGCUCCUGGCUGAUCAAGCCGAGGCGCGUCGCUCCAAGACAAAGGAGGCCCGCAAGCGCAGAGAGGAGCGUCUGCAGGCCAAGAAAGAGGAGAUCAUCAAGACCCUGUCGAAGGAGGAAGAGACCAAGAAGUAAUUUGGCUCAGCCUGCCGUGCCUGACUGUGCCACCUGUCAAGUACUCACAAUAAAAGUGUACAUACAGACACAA